ACUGCAACUGAUCAGCAGUUGGCAGUGAGGAGCAGGAGUGAAAGAGUGGGCAGUGAGUUUGAAGCCCUGGCCCCAAAGCAAUGACCAGGUCCAUUGCUGCGGUCCUCCUCUGCCUCAUCCGGACUUCCCUGACAUGGGCUAAGUGGAGGGAGCUUGAUGGCUGAGAGAUGUUUUGAACCCAGGGCUCCAGUUUCUUAACUUCUCCUUGUUCUCUCCUAGCUUCAAGAGGCUGCGAGAGCUGCUGGGCAACUGCUGCAAGAGGAACAAGGUCCACCUCUUUGUCCCCAAGGAAGAUCCAGCCCUUGUGAGUGGCCAGGGGAUGGAAACAGGCGAGUCUGGGGGUCCAGGUGAGCAAUUAUUCUGUUGCUGAGAGGGAGACGAUGGCGAGGCCUGUAAGACUCUGACGAUAAUGGAGUCAGGAGGAGACUGACCUCUGCUUGGAGGAGUCUUGGAGGAAGGCAGAAGUGGGGGUGUUUGUGUGUGUUGUUGUUUUUUAUGUUCUUUCUGUCCUUUUUUCUUUGUUUCACCUGCAGAGUUGCCAGCCCAGGGCCAACCGUUGGAGCUCCACUCUUUGAGGAGGUUCACAGUGGAGCCCCUUGGGAAGAUGAUCUUCAUGUGGCCAGGAGAACUUGGGAAGGGUACCUCAGCCUCCACCAUCUUUGGCAUUUAAAGCCGAGCUCUGGGAGGCAGUGGGGGGCAGUCCUUGGAUAGGACAUGCCAACAUGCCCCCCAAGGGCACCUUGGGGGCCAGAAAGACCGUCUCUGGCGCCCACAGGUUCACCUCUCACCCCCACCAAAAUCAGGCUUGAAAUAAACAUCUUUUGGUAGUCAACAGAAU